CUUCAUUAAUCAUCGACCACAACAUACUCCAUGCCCGCACGAAUUAAUAAACGACAGCAGCGCGAGCAAGAAGAGCUUCUUGCGUUAGGAAACCAGACUGCUGCGGCCGUCGAUACCGACAGCGAGGAGGAACCAGCGCCGAUAGUACCAUCGGGGUUUGCAGCGCUUUCCACUGCAGAAGAUGACCGCGAUGGACCGAACAGCGAUGACGAAACAUCUCAGCCCACAAAGGCAAAGAAGGCAAAGAAGAAGAAGAAGAAACCAGCGGCAUCCAAUGCACCGGCAAACCCUCAGCAGGCUAAACCCGCUGAGGCACCGAAGCCCCAGCAGCCUAAAUCUUCAAAGAAAGGCAAGGGAAAAGAGAAAAAGAAAGACGGUCUGGACGAUCUAGACACGGCGCUCGCAGAGCUUUCUCAAAAAUACCCAGAACUUCAAAGCGUGGCAACUUCCUCAUCAUCAACUACUCGAAAUGCAUCUCUUGUGUCCCUUCUAUCUGUCUCAGUAUCCAAUCUCGAUGCAGAAGCAGAAAUGCGCAAGUUCUUUGGCGCAAGAGCCGUUAUAGCUGCAAAAUCGUCAGAGACUUCCUCCUCUGGCGGCCCAAAAAAACGGAGGGGUGUUGUUCCAACCCAGGCUCAACGUUCGCAACUUACACGACCCCAUCCAUCAUGGAGCAUGAUCAAACAACGUGAAGGACUCUCUUCUCGCCCAUUAACCGACGAGGAGGUGCAACAAAAGAUUACAGAUAGAAGUAGCCCAGCUGCAGGAGACAAGUGGUGGACUGUUGAAUAUAAUAAGAGGUAUAAGGGUGCCACAAAAACCUUUAUGCAGGCCGUAUCCUCAGCAGAUCCCGAAGCGUUGCGGGGAGUUUUGCAGAAGCUCCCGUGGCAUGGCGAUACACUGCUGCAGUUGGCAGAAGUAUAUCGCCAUCAAGAAGAUUACAGCCAAGCCGUGGAAUACGUGGAUCGGGCGCUCUUCUCAUAUGAACGCGCUUUCUUAGGGUCAUACAGCUUCACGAAUGGACUUAACCGCCUCGAUUUCAACCGCGUCGAGAAUCGUCCCUUCUUCCUUGCGUUGCAUCGGCAGGUCACUGAUCUCCAGCGUCGCGGAUGUAUCCGUACCGCGUUCGAGUUUGGGCGCCUUCUGUACUCUCUCGAACCAUGGACGGAUCCGCACGGUGUCCUGUUCCAUCUUGACUUCGUUUCCAUCAAAUCAGGUAUGGGGCAAUGGUUCUUGGACGUAUACUCCAAGUUUGCUUGCGCAAAGACGGCAUUCGAGGAUCAUUUGAAUCCAAGUGCACUACCUGGAUGGGCGUAUGCGAGAGCCCUGGCGCUUUUUGCGAGGGAAAAAGCAGGAGGUGGGCAGAGCAUAGGCAGCAGUACGGAUGCGCUGAAGCAGGCUAUGCUAGCCUUCCCGGAGGUGGUACCACUCCUGGCUGACAAGUGUGAUAUUUCACUGUCUCCGGAGCUGCGCGAACACAGAGCAUUCCGGAUUCAAACUGACGGAAUUGGGCUGUCACCUGCGCAAAGCAUUCUCCACCUCUUAUCUCAUCUCUAUGCUCAGCGAUCUGCACCUCUAUGGAAAUCUGUUUCACAUAUGAAAUGGUUCGAAAAUACCGCUAAUGGAAUUCGAUCGUCGCUCAACGCCCAACGCUCCAAUCCAACUCGUGAGCGGUUCCUCCAAAUGUACGGCUCCACAACGCUUCGCUACUCUGUCUAUCGACAUAUUCUCGUCCUCGAACAAAGCUUCCGGAACCUCACCCCUUUCAUCCCACGCUCUGUCUUGCUAGCCAAACAGCUUGCAUGCGAUCCACUUCCGCCACUCACAGCAUCCUCCGAAUAUAAUGAUGCCUUCUUUGCAGGCGCAGAAGAGAUCUUCAGUGUGCGUCCUCGCCGACGGGACGCGCGCGCGUUGGAGCGACUCAUCCCAGACGCAGGAAUCAGGGCGCAAAUCGAAGCGCUGUUUAAUGCGAAUCCCGGACUGGCGAGACAGUUGCCUGGUGGUGUAGUGCAGUUUGUGCAGAUGAUGGCGGAGAUGCCAGAAGAGGCGCUCAAUGAUAUGAUGCUUGAUUUUGCGAUGGCUGGGGAGGGUGGUGUUGGUGUGCCGGGUGGAGGGGGUAUGCCGGGUGGAUUACCAGUGGAGGGUGAUGAUGAUGAGCCGGACUUGGAACCAAUGCCUCCGAGAGGUGCAGCGGAAGCGGCGCCAGCGUUGGCGGACGAGGAUCAAAGCGAGGAGGAAGAUGAGGAUGAGGACGAGGACGAGUAUAUUGCUCCCAUGCCCAUACGGGUCGUGAGGAAUCUGUUGAAUAGGUUUUGGGGAAGUGGCGGGGCUACAGCUGAUAGGGAUGAAUCUGAUAGUGAUGCUGAGGAACGGGACCAUGACGGAGUUGACUAGGAAUAUUAUGUACACUUCUACGCGAGCCAAGUGUACUUUUAGCCCCUUCCCGUGCCAACUUAAUUCUAUGCAUUGAUUUCACGGAUCCA